AAACAAGAAGUAAACAAAACUCAGGCAUGCAUGGUGUUGUAAUAUUUGCUGUAUUUUUAUAUUGUUAGUAAAAAUAUGUUUUGCUCUCAAUAGAUUCCAGUGAACACCGAUAGCAAUAGUUAAUAGUUAGUUAAACAUUGUACAGUCCCGCUUAGAAGAAUUACACCUCCAUAAUGUCCGAAACAAAGGAAUUGCAGACUGAAGAACGCGAGGCGCUAACUUCCAUUUAUGAAGGCGAUAAUUCCUUUAAGCAAAUCAGUGCGGAAACAUUUCAAUACAAGUACGGCGAAGAAGGAGGUAAAUCAUUUCUGUUAGAAAUCUGUUGGCAUGAGACGUACCCAAAUGAGCUUCCCACUAUCAACAUGGAUACGUUCUACAAUCAAAACGUUUCACGCUCUGUCAAAGAUAAGAUCAUUGGGAUUCUGAAGGAAGAAGGGGAACAGUGGCUUGGCUGCGGUAUGACCUACACAUUAUUCGAGUGCCUUAAGGACAAGGUCGAUGAACUGUUGAUGGAUGAGAACUUCAACUGCGGGGCUGAUCAGCAGAUUAUCGGGACGAACCACCAACAGUGCGCAGAGCUGGGUAGUUCGGACGAAGCGGAUCCCGACGAAAGGGGAACCAGCGCUGGUGGGACUGGUGGUGGAGGAGGCAACCAGAAAAAGGAACAACUGACCAAAGCACAGAAACGGAAGCAGUGGGAUCGAGUGGAUAACAAAGGCAAUCGACCGAGGGGUUGGGACUGGGUGGAUAUAGUGAAACAUUUGUCGCAGACGGGCGGGAAAGUGGAAUGAAAAUCGGCAGUUUUGGUUUCGCUUAAAAGACAAACAUUAUUA